AUGAUAUUGGACUAUCCAUUUAUAUAGAAGUAUCAAAAUCUAGAAAAAUACUUUAGAAAUGAGAUUGAUAGGUAUAACAAGGAGUAGCCCAAUCCAAAAUUACCAGAUAAUAUUUCUACUGUAAUGACUAUAUAGUCAAAUCUAUAAUUAUCUAUCUCAUUAUUGAACUAGACUCUAUUUAUCAGCAGGAGUUUAAACUUACAUAACAAAUUAUGAGUAUGUUCUAUUUCAAAUUUUUCUAAUCCAUUAGUUGAAAAUGGGAGUUGA